ACGGGACACCAUCGACGUUCCAAACCGCAAUGACCGGCCAAACACCCAGUAACCAAGCACAGGAGAUGUCUGUAGAGGAAGAAUCUACGGUCCAACCGAUCGUUCAAAGAGAGGUUAGGCUGGUACAGGAGAUCCUACCCCACCCCAACGACCGCGAAACCGUCCGCUCCGAUGACGAGGACCACUCAGCUGAGGAGGACAACGCCGACGACCAUGGCGCACAAGACCUCGAAGAUGAUCUAUUGGACGGGUACCCAGCCGACACCGACACUCUCGACCUCAUCCACGCCCGUCUCCCCUCCCUCCUCCCCCUCUCCCUCCCCUCCCGUUUCCCAUCCCUCCAACGUCUCUGUGUCCGUCAAAACCAAAUAAGCCAUAUCGAGCCGGAAGCUUUGCCACCGACAUUGGUCGAGUUGGAUUACUAUGAUAACAAGAUUGGACAUGUGGAGGGGUUGGAGGGCGUACCGGGCUUGGAGAGUCUCGAUCUGAGUUUUAACAAGGUGAAGCAUAUCAAGAGGGUUAAGCACUUGAAGGGGUUGAGGAAUUUGUAUUUUGUACAAAACAAGAUUUCGAGGAUUGAGAAUCUGGAGGGAUUGGAUAAGUUGGAGAACCUCGAGCUGGGCGCCAACCGCAUUCGGACAAUUGAAAACCUCGACACACUAACCUCCCUCACCCAACUCUGGCUCGGCAAAAACAAAAUAACACACCUCCAAAACCUCCGCCCCCUCUCGUCCCUAAAAAUCCUCUCCAUCCAAUCCAACCGCCUCACCAAACUCGAGGGAUUGGAGGGCUUGGUAUCCCUAGAAGAGCUCUACGUCUCCCACAACGCCAUCGAAAAAAUCGAAGGACUGCAACACAACAAAUCCCUCAAAGUCCUCGACAUAACCGCAAACCGUAUCUCCAAACUCGAAAACCUCUCACACCUAACCCAACUAGAGGAAUUCUGGGCGUCCUCGAACAUCCUCCAUUCGAGCACAUUCAACGACCUCGAGAAGGAAUUGGGUGGGUUGAAGGGGUUGAAGACGGUGUAUUUUGAGCAUAAUCCGAUGCAGAGGGAGGCUGGGGUUAGUUAUCGGAGGAAGGUGCAGUUGGCGUUGCCGGGGUUGGAGCAGAUUGAUGCUACGUAUGUUAGGCCUUUGUGAGUGGGUAGUGGAAGGGAAGUUUCAUGGGUAU